CAACCAGUUCUACAACUGGCAAUGUAUUCUCAAGACUUACUGCCCCUACUAAAUCAGCAAUGGGGAAAUCCAAAAGGAUUGAAGACAAGAAAGUUAGAGAAGAAUGGAAGAGAGACGUAGAUAUGCAACUUGAAGAAGAGGAAAAGAUGAUAAACAAAGGAGGCUUUGUACUCAAAGAACAAAGGUAUAGGAAAACUACAGCUUCUGGAAGUCCUAUCAGUUCUAGGGUUCAUAAAAGACCAGGCACUGCUGUCACUACAUCUAAAAUUACAAAGUCAACAAUGCAAGGACCCACUACUACAACGAAGACUAUUUGGAAGGAUGGCAAGAAGCAAGUCAUCACUACUGUGUCUCAAGGAUCAGGAUCUGUGAUGUCUUCAAGCUUCUCUGGCACAAAGAGAACUGGCAUUGAAAUCUCUGGAGAAAAUGAUGGGGAGUACAUUGUCAGAAAUGGCAAAAGAGUUAAAGUCAGUUCAAUGAAAGGAUCAAAAACGCUAAAAUCUGGAGGUCUCACUGGGACUAGAGAAGUCACUUACCAAUACUCAGGUGGAGUUGAAGGAAGCUCCCACGGAGGAACUCAGUAUGAGAUAAUCAAUGGAAGAAGAGUAAAGGUUUCUUCCUUACAAAAAGCAAGAACUGUCAAAUCUAAAUCAGGCCCAGGCUUUGGAACAUCAACAAGAACUGAGACUAGAUAUGAAGUCACUGGAGGAAAGAGAGGCAAAGGUUCGAAGAAGAUUGAGAAAGGCACGAUCAUGUCUAAAGAAGCUUCUGGAGGAAAAGAUGUCACUUACGAAUAUUCUGGAACUAAGGGUCUUGCCACAGGAACAACCUCUCGCUAUGAAAUUAUCGAUGGCAAGAGAGUCUUGGUAACAGAAACCAUUGAAGAGAGUAAAGGCCUAAGAGGAGAAGGAGGAGAAGGCAGAUAUGAAAUCAUCGAUGGAAAGAAAGUCUUCGUCACAGAGAGUAGGAUGAUUGGCUCUGAAGAAUCUUUUGAGCCAAGAGAAAUAACCUAUCAAUAUUCUGCAGAAAAAGACCUUUCCGAAGGUACUACAUCUCGUUAUGAAAUUAUUGAUGGCAAAAGAGUGCUCAUCACAGAAACUAUUGAGAGAAGAAAAGGAGGCCAAGAAGGAAUCUCUGAAGGAAAAGAGAUCAUCUAUGAAUAUUCUGGUGACAAAGGACUAAGUGAAGGAACUAGCUCUCGAUAUGAAAUAAUUGAUGGCAAGAGAGUGCUUAUCACUGAGACUAUUGAAAGAACCAAAGAAGAUCUAGGAGGAGCCAGAUAUAAAAUGAUUGAUGGAAGAAGAGUUCUUACUACAGAAUCUAUUGGAGAAAACUUGAUGAAAUCAGGUGAACUUUCUGGUUCACAAGAAUACUCAUAUCAAUAUUCAGGUGAAAUUGAAGGAGAUGAUGAGUAUCAAAUCAUUGAUGGACAGAGAGUCAAAAUUACUGAAUCUAAGGGUAUGAGAUACUCUCGUGCAGGUGGAAAAGGAGGAGAAGAUUCUUAUGAAUAUACUCAGUCCAAGCCAGAAAGAGUAGGAGGAUCCGUAAAAGUUGGCCAAAGCAUUAAAGGUCGACUAGAAUAUGAAGCAACUGGAGGAAAUGUUGUUGAAUAUGGAGCUGGUAAAGGCCUUGUAAGAUAUGAGCUUGAACAACCACUUCAUGGGCAACCUAUAAUGUGGGAAAUAACCCAAGACGGAUCCCGAAAGAAAGUAAAAUACGAAAUCGUUGAAGAACAACUUGACCAAGAUGAAGGAAUAAUCAGUCAUGAUGUUCUUGAUGAUAGACAGAUACAAUAUAUGGAUACCGAAGGAAGAAGUACUAGGUACGAAAUCCUUGCAGGUUAUCCAGCUAAAGUAAGCCGCGAAGAAGUCAAAAAAUCAAACACAAUGAAGAAAAAGAAGAUGACUAAAUCCAGCAAUAGGGAAGGAGAAACUACUACUUACUACUUCAGGCCUACUUCUAAUAAAUCUGCUACAGUCAGAGUGAAGAAGGCUAACUUCCUAAAAUCUCCUUACAUGCUGAAUAGUCAUCGGAAAGGAUUCACUAUGGGUGGAAGAGCUAAAGAAAAUAAAGUCGAAGAUGCACCUGGGCCUGGCAUGUACAAUUACAAGUCAAAAGCUAUCGAAGGUCCUCAGUAUUCAAUCUUGAAGAAGUAUGAUGAAAAAUAUGAGUCACUACCUGGACCUGGCGACUAUGAAUACAUGGUCAAAACUAAGUCAGGCUGGACAAUGGGAAAAAGACAUGAAGAUGCUCAAUCAGAAGAACUUCCUGGGCCAGGAUAUUAUGACAGCAAAUUCCAAAAAGAAGGAUUAAUGUAUAGUAUUGCUGCAAAGAGAGAAGCUAAAAUUGAAGAAACACCUGGACCUGGAGACUACGAGCAGAUGAUGGAGAAAAAGCAAGGAAUCACUAUUGCAGGAAGAUUAGCUGAAAAGCAACAUGAAGAUGCACCUGGACCCGGAAAUUAUGAAUACAAAACAACUUUGCAAGAAGGACCAAAGUAUUCGAUUUAUACAAAACGGGAAGAGAAGAUUGAACAAACACCUGGACCAGGUGACUAUGAAGAUGUCAAGGAGAAGAAGGAAGGAAUCACCAUUUCUCAGAAAUUGACUGAGAAAGCUCCUGAAGAAUUACCAGGACCAGGAAAUUACCAAGAGAAGUCCUACAUCAUUGAAGGCCCAAGCUACUCAAUCUAUCAGAGAAGAGAUGACAAAGUAGAGCAGACUCCAGGACCAGGAGACUACGAAGAACUCAUUGAGAAAAAGAAAGGUGUUACUAUCGGUCAGAAAUUGGAGGAGAGAGCUCCAGAGGAUCUUCCAGGACCAGGUCAAUAUGUUGAAAAGAGCCACAUAGUUGAAGGACCUCAAUACUCUAUCUAUCAAAAGAGAGAAGUUAAGAUUGAGCAGACUCCAGGACCAGGAGAUUAUGAAGAAGUCAAAGAAAAGAAGGAAGGUGUUACUAUUGGUCAGAGACUCAAAGAUAAGGAUAUUGAAGAUCUACCAGGACCAGGUAACUACGAAGAGAAGUCUUAUAUCACUGAAGGUGCUAAAUACAGUAUCUACCAGAAGAGAGAAGAGAAGAUUGAACAAACACCUGGACCAGGUGACUAUGAAGAUGUCAAGGAGAAGAAGGAAGGAAUCACCAUUUCUCAGAAAUUGACUGAGAAAGCUCCUGAAGAAUUACCAGGACCAGGAAAUUACCAAGAGAAGUCCUACAUCAUUGAAGGCCCAAGCUACUCAAUCUAUCAGAGAAGAGAUGACAAAGUAGAGCAGACUCCAGGACCAGGAGACUACGAAGAAAAGGUAGAAAAGCGCGAUGGCUUUACCAUCGGGCAAAAACUGACCGAGAAAGAAUUAGAAGAACUUCCAGGGCCAGGUAAUUACGAAGGAAAAUCAUUCAUAACCGAAGGAGCUAAAUAUUCAAUCUAUCAAAGAAGAGAAGAAAAGGUAGAACAAACACCAGGACCCGGUGAUUACGAAGAACUUAAAGAAAAGAAGGGAGGAAUCACCAUUGGACAAAGACUUAAGGAGAAAGAAGGAGAAGACUUACCAGGACCAGGAAAUUAUGAAGAAAAAUCAUUCAUAACCGAAGGAGCUAAAUACUCGAUUUACCAAAAGAGAGGUGAAAAGAUAGAGCAAACACCAGGACCAGGAGACUACGAAGAAAUUGUUGAGAAGAAGGAAGGAGUCACUAUUGGUCAAAAGCUUAAGGAGAAGGAAGCUGAAGAUCUUCCAGGACCAGGAAAUUAUGAGGGAAAAUCAUUCAUUACUGAAGGAGUUAAAUAUUCAAUCUACCAAAGAAGAGGUGAUAAAAUUGAGCAAACACCAGGACCUGGUGAUUAUGAGGACCUUAAAGAAAAGAAAGGAGGAAUUACCAUUGGUCAGAAAUUACUUGAAAAACAACCAGAAGAACUACCAGGGCCAGGAAACUAUGCUGAUAAAUCAUAUAUUAUCGAAGGCCCAAGUUAUUCCAUCUACCAAAGAAGAGAAGAUAAAGUUGAGCAGACACCAGGGCCAGGAGAUUAUGAAGAUCUUAAACAGAAAUCUAAAGGAGUGAUUAUUGGAGAAAAACUUAAGGAAAGAGAAGCUGAGGAUCUCCCUGGACCAGGAAACUACGAAGAAAAAUCUUUCAUUACCGAAGGGGCUAAAUACUCUAUCUACCAAAGAAGAGAUGAUAAAGUUGAGCAGACCCCAGGACCUGGUGACUAUGAAGAACUUCAAGAGAAGAAAGGAGGUGUCACCAUUGGACAAAGACUUAAAGAAAAAGAGGCUGAAGACUUGCCAGGACCAGGAAAUUAUGAAGAAAAAUCGAUGAUUGUUGAGGGCCCAAGCUACUCUAUCUACCAAAGGAGAGAAGAGAAAGUCGAAGAGACUCCAGGACCAGGAGACUACGAAGAAAAGAUUGAGAAAUCCAAAGGAAUCAUCAUUGGUGGAGAAAAACGUGAGAUUAAAAUUGGAGAAGAUAAUGAAGAUGAACCAGGACCAGGCCAUUACAAAUACUAUGAUCCACAGCUAGAAGGUAAAGGAAUCACUUUCACCAAGGAGGCAAGAGAAAAGAAGAUUGAUAACCAAGUCCCAGGACCAGGAAACUACACUGGAGUCAGCGAUUGGGCUCCAGGAUAUGGAUAUGAAAUGUCUAUUUCAGCAAACCAAUUUGAGGAUCAAGAAGGUUACCAAGUCAUCAGAGAAUAUGAAUAUGAAGACGAAGAUGGGCAGAAAGUUAUCGAAUCGAGAAGAGUUCUCAGAGUAAUCCACGAGGAUGAACAUGGAAACCCGAUCGAAGUCCAUGGUGAGGAAGGUCAACUAAUUGGUAGUGCAAUGGAAGGAACAGGAAGAUCUAUAAGGACUGCUGAUGGACUUACCCAAAAACAAUAUAUUGUUUCUGGCUCUGGUUCUGAACUUGAAGGAAAUGCUCAAGCUGAAGGUGGACGCUAUAUCAUCAGAAGAGUCAUCAGAAGUGGUGACUCUGAAGGUCAAAUCCCUGAAGGCGAAGAAGGCUACAUGAUCAGAAGAGAAAUCAGGAAUAUUGCAUCAGGAGAGGAAAUUGAAGGUGAUGGAUCUCAAAUUGUUCGAACAAUCAAAUCUGGUGAAGAAGGAUCUGAAGGUGGAUCUUAUGUGGUUCGAAGAACGAUCAAAACAACUAGCUCAGGCGAGGAAGUUAAAGGUGAUGGAUCUCAAGUAAUCACAAGAGAAAUUAGAAAAACUGGCUCUGGAGAAAUGAUAGAAGGUGAUGAAUCUCAGAUUAUUAGAAGAGAAGUCAGAACUUAUAAAUCUGGAGAAGAAAUUCCUGAAGGUGAAGAAGGAUCGUACCUCAUCAAGAGAGAAUUAAAGACUUUCAAAUCUGGAGAAGAGGUUGAAGGUGAUGGAUCUGAAGUAAUCACAAGAGAAAUUAGAAGGACUGGCUCUGGAGAAAUGAUAGAAGGUGAUGGAUCUCAGAUGAUUACAAGAGAGAUUAGAACAAUCAGAUCUGGAGGUGAGCCAAUCGAAGGAGGAUCCUAUGUCAUCAGAAGAGAAGUCAAAACUACUGGUUCAGGUCAAGAGCUUGAAGGCGAUGGUUCUCAGCUUAUUACUAAAGAAAUCCGAACAAUUAGAUCUGGAGAACAAAUUGAAGGAGAAGGAUCUGAAAGAGUGAGUAGAGAAGUGAGAACUGUUACCCCUGGAGAAGAAAUUCCUGAAGGAGGAUCCUAUGUUAUUAGGAAGGAAAUCAAAACAAUUGGAUCUGGAGAUGGUGAAGGAGAGGUAGUAACUGGCUCUCAGACAACAACCAAAACUUCUAAAAUUACUGGAAUUUCUCGGUAUGCUGAGCAGAGAGAUCUCAAGAAGGCAGAAGGACAGAUUUCUAGAUUGGAAGAAAGUAAAAAGGAACCAACUACAUCUGGUGAGGGAGAAUUUGAAAUUCGUUAUGAAGGAUCUGAAAUACCAAAGGAGAUGAGAGAAAGCUCUUCUUAUAAAGUAACUUACGAAGGAGAUUACACCCCUGAAGAAAUCGAGGCAAUGAAUAAGCAACAAAUUUCUGAAGCAGAAGGAGGAAUGGGAAGUUCUUUCAAAAAGACUACUGUUGUAACUUCUACAAGUAAAGGAGGGAAAGUAAUUACAACUACAAAAACAGCUGAUGGAAAAACUACAAAAACAGAAACUAAGACAGGCUCAAUUCCUGAAUUCGAAACCUCUGAAGGCGUCCGUACUUCAAAGCUAUCUGGUUCUAAAACUUUGGCUAAGGAGGAGAAGAAGGUCAUGACUGGUGGAGAUGGAACCAAGACUACCACUGUCCGAAAGACUUUCACAACUGGCCCUAAAACUACAAAGACUUUCACAACAGGACCUACAGUGACUAAGACAUUCAAGACUGGUGGGACAACUAGGACUGUAACUGAAGGCCCCACAACAGUGAUUAAAAAGACUUACAAGACUGGCGGAAAGACAACGACUAAAAAGACUACGACUAAGACGACUAGCGGCAAAAAGUAA